AUGAUUAUAAGACUGUUUAGGAAUAAUUGUUUCCUGUUUAAACAGAGCACUCAACAUUUUGUAGACAGAAUAUCGUUAAAACCUCUCCAAAACGUGCGUAAAAUGUUUAUCUUGUGUAAUUUGAUUUGUCCCAAUAAUACUCACGAUCCAAUUCAACUUCCUGAUGGGGAACCAGUAGUGAUUGGUAGAAGUAAAGAAACCAGAAUUAUUGAUCUGUCAUGUUCACGACACCAGUUAGAAAUCACUGCCAACUGGAAAACAGAAGAUAUAACUGUGAAACAGUUGGGAAGUAAUUCCUCGUCAAUUGAUGGUAUUGAAUUGGAGAAAGAUAGAGAGGUUAGACUACAGUUAACAUCCACUCUAUAUGUUCUAACUGGAUUGUAUCCACAGAAGGUUGACAUAAAGAAGAAAGCAUCACUUAAAAACAACAAGAAUGAGGAAAUGAGUUCAUCAAAAACUGAUAAGAAAAGGCCAGCUGACCAGGAAGAAAAGUUAAUUUCACCACCAUCAAAGCGACAAAAAGUAGAAAAGAAAGAAAGUAAUUCUGAAGAAGAACAUAUUAAAGAUGUUGAGGAAAAGUUAAAUCAUCUGAAAAAAUUAAAAAAUGAAAAGAUGAAAGAUGCUGCUAAGGAAGUUAAUACCGAAAGAGUACAAAAAGAAAAGCCAAAAGAAAAUACAACAGAUUUCAAAUUUAGUGCAAAAAAGGAAGGUGAAGCUGCUUCUGAGAGUAAAUGGGAUCAAUAUGAUAAGUUAGUCAUUCAUACAAGAAAAGGCGUUUGUUCAAGGUCAAAGAUAGCAGGAUUUGACAUUGAUGGUACUUUGAUAGUAACACAGUCAGGUAAUGUAUUUCCAAAGCAUCCUGGUGAUUGGAGAAUUCAUUACCCAGAAAUUCCCAAGAAACUGAAAGAGUUACAAUCCGAUGGUUAUAAAAUUGUAUUCUUCACUAACCAGCUUGGUGUAGCACGAGGAAAAGUAAAGUUGGAAGAUUUAAAGACAAAAUUUACAAGAUUGGUUGAUAAACUUGGAGUACCAGUUCAGAUUCUGAUUGCCACUGAUGGUGGCAUGUACAGGAAACCUGCUCAGGGAAUGUUUUACUAUCUACAAGAGAAGGGAAAUGAUAAAAUACUGGUUGAUAAAGAAUCUAGUUUUUAUGUGGGAGAUGGUGCUGGAAGACCAGAAAAAUGGCAACCAAAGAGGAAGAAAGAUUUCUCUUGUAGUGAUCGAUUGUUUGCUUUGAAUAUUGGAAUCAAGUUUUACACACCAGAAGAGUUUUUCCUUAAUCAGAAGCCUGCACCAUAUAAUCUACCAGAAUAUGAUCCCAGAAAGUUGAAAUCUACUGAUCCAUUAUGUGAUCCUCCAGAUGCUAAGAUUGUAUCAGAUGAACCAGAAGUUGUUUUAUUUGCUGGCUAUCCAGGAUCUGGUAAAUCUUUCUUUGGUAAAAAGUACCUAGAACCAAAAGGAUAUGUUCAUGUCAAUCGAGAUACGCUCGGCACAUGGCAGAAAUGUGUUUCUCUAACAACAAAGUCUCUGAAGGAAGGAAAGAGUGUAAUGGUGGAUAACACCAAUCCUGAUCAAGAAUCAAGGGCAAGGUAUAUAGAAGUUGCCAAAAAAGCUGGAGUUCCUUGUAGAUGUUUUGUUUUUAAAGCUACACAGCAACAGGCAAUGCACAAUGAAAGGUUCCGUGAGCUGACAGAUAAAACGCACAAACCUAUCAAUGUAAUGAUUAUGAAUGGAUUCAAGUCAAAGUUCAAAGAACCAAACAUGAAAGAAGGCUUUACAGAAAUCAUUAAGAUUAACUUUGUUCCAAAGUUUGAUAACAAAAAACAGGAAUUAUUAUAUAAACAAUUCCUUCUUGAAAAGUGAAUUAGUGAUGUGAAGAAUUUUACUUUCUGACAAUGUCUGAUCAAAGAAUGUUCAUAUCAUUGUAUGAGUGUUUAAUUUUUAAAUCUAGUAAAUUGGUCAUCUGUUUUUUUUGAAGUCACAAAUCUACAUCUAUUUGUUAAAAAUUAAAAUUUAUAAAGAAAAAUGAUGCAAAUGAAAUUUUGCAGUUUAAGCCUUCAA